CAGUAGCCUCAGUUGGGAAAGGAUAAUGCCAAGUGCUAUGUUCGUGGCUGUCCAGCACGACUGCGGACCCAUGGAUAAGAGCGCAGGCACCGGCCCCAAGAGCGAGGAGAAGCGGGAAAAGAUGAAGCGAACCCUAUUAAAAGAUUGGAAGAGCCGUUUGAGCUACUUCUUGCAAAAUUCCUCCUCUCCUGGGAAGCCCAAAACCGGCAAGAAAAGCAAACAGCAAACCUUCACCAAGCCUUCUCCCGAGGAAGCACAGCUGUGGUCAGAAGCAUUUGAUGAGCUGCUAGCCAGUAAAUAUGGUCUUGCUGCAUUCAGGGCUUUUCUAAAAUCUGAAUUCUGUGAAGAAAAUAUUGAAUUCUGGCUGGCCUGUGAAGACUUCAAAAAAACCAAGUCACCCCAAAAGCUGUCCUCAAAAGCAAAGAAAAUAUAUACUGAUUUCAUAGAAAAAGAAGCUCCCAAAGAGAUGUCACAGUUCAAGGACUCCGUGUCUUUUUCUGCUCACUGCCAGAUCCCAACACCUAGCACCUUGACGGGCACACAAUGCCAGCUGCGUUAAUGAAUGCAUGAAUAUUAAAAACUCUUCAAUGUUGGUGAAACAGAAAGUAUCUACCAAUGCACAAGGAACUAAGGACAAGGUUUUAAAAGCCCCAUGGCCUCAAACAUCUGAAAAUAACUGCAGAGCUUUUUUCUUAGCAAAAAAAAUACCUCUUACUAAGCCUGUUCUCUAUCACUUUUGACCUUUAAUAGAAGGAGAAGCCAGAUUAUAGUAACAAGAAGCAAGAGUUCUGACCAUUUCAGGGCUGCUAAAAGUACAGACUUUAUUCAGGUGGUAUUUUCCAAUGUUCUUUAGCGUAGAACAAGCUGAAAUAGAUUUAAGUUUAGAAACCACGUACGUCCGCAAAUAAAUAUCACUUAAUGUUCCCAUUUGUUGGAGUUCGUACACUUAGACUCCACAGUCCACUCACUUUGAUAAUAUUUCAUUUUCCAUAUAUUUUAAGUUCAGAAGCAUUUCAAAAUGUAAUUUCAUACAGUCCCACUGAAAAAAUUAGAAUUGUGUAUUAUGUGUCGUGUGAGCCCAGAGAGGCCAUACAUGAGUUUCAACGUGGUGAUUUAAAAUGAUCACCCAAAAUUUUAUAGGAAACAGGUCUUUGGUAGAGAGUUUGUUGGGCCACAUUAUUUGAUCAUUUCUGGCAGUGAUUCUUACCUUGUGGGGUUGCAGAGUGAGGAGGCUGUGUUUUUGUCAAUGGCCAGAAGAUGAGGUUGAUCUACAUUUCGGCAUUGUAUCCAAGGAGUAGCUUGGAAUUGCUUGAGGCAACAAUAACAGCCCCAAAAAGCUUCUCCUGUGACCUGCUUUUAAAAUCUAAAACUAUAUCUUUAAUGUUUUCCAGACUCUCUAUUAUUGAAGACCAUUAUUUUUAAGAACUGUAUAGUGUUCUGUAACAUGUGCUUAUUAUAAUUAAUUCUCCUCUGUUGAACAUGGUAGUUUUUCUAUUGUAUACGUUUUAUAAACACUAUGGUUAAUUUCCUUAAUUAUGUGGGUGUAUACACAUUAUGUACUUGUAUACAUAUUACAUAUAUGUGUCUGUGUAAAUGAUAUAUGUAUAUUAAAAUUUUUCAUCUUAAAAAAAAAAAAGGAAUCACUAGAGGAGUAAGGAGUACAUGCUAGCCUAAGACAAUAGCAUUGAACAAAAGCCUGAUACUACCCAUUGGGGGCCCAUGAUUCAGCAUCACCAGAGUACCUGGCAGGAUAAGGCUGGGAUGGGUGUAGAAGCAUGGCCCAGAACCAGGUGAUAGAGGACAGUGUUAAAUACGAAAGGUUAGGAUUUUAUUCUGAGGUGAUGGAUACCAAUCUCAAAUGUACAAAAUAACCUGGGCAGCAAAUGAAGGAUGAAUUGGAGUCAAGCAGAUGAAUUAGGAGACUGCAGUUUAUAGCCCAGAUGAGACGUGCCAUGUUGCCUAAACCAGGACGUUGUCACCAAAUAAGUCAAUGUACGGGUUGGCCAAAAAGUUCGUUCGGUUAGUGAAUCCGUUGU